CUUCUUUUUCAUCGUUCUCUUCUGAGAACUCCGAUCGCCGGCGAUGGAGCUCAUCGUGGUGGAGCGGGAGGACUCCGGCGUGGCGGUGGUGACCAUCAACCGCCCCAAAUCCCUCAACUCUCUCACGAGACAGAUGAUCGUGGAUCUCGCUCGCGUUUUCAAGGUGCUCGAUGGGGACGAUACGGUGGGAGCCAUCGUCAUCACUGGCCGUGGCCGAGCUUUCUGCUCCGGCGUGGAUCUCACGGCGGCGGAGGAGGUCUUCAAGGGCGACGUCAAGGACGAUGACUCGGAUACCGUCUUCCAGAUGGAGCACUGCCGGAAGCCCAUCAUCGGGGCUAUCAAUGGAUUCGCCGUCACCGCUGGCUUCGAGAUCGCGCUUGCUUGUGAUAUCCUCGUUGCUGGGAAAGACACCAAGUUCAUCGACACCCACGCGAGGUUCGGCAUAUUCCCCUCAUGGGGUCUAUCUCAAAAACUAUCACGCGUUAUAGGAGUAAGCAGGGCUCGAGAAGUGUCACUUACCGCUAUGCCUAUAACCGCAGAGAUGGCGGAGAAAUGGGGACUCGUCAACCAUGUCGUUGACAACAGUGAAGUGUUAAAGAAAGCAAAAGAGGUUGCACAAGCUAUACUAAGAAACAACAGAGACAUGGUGCUGAGAUAUAAAUCGGUUAUAAACGACGGCUUUAAACUGGACCUACGUCAUGCUCUUGCCCUUGAAAAGGAGAGAGGUCACAGCUACUACGAUGGAAUGAGCAAAGAGCAAUUUGCAAAAAUGCAGGAAUUUAUUUCCGGUCGAAGUGGUUCGAAGAAGAAGACUUCUUCGAAACUAUAAUCUUUUGUUUUCUAUGUAUUUUCUUUUAAUAUGAUGAUGAUCUGAAACAAGAGAGAACUCUAUACACUGUAACAACUAAUUUGCACUUUCAUGAGACCUAGUCAUGAGCUUAUAAUUGUACUUUGCAUAGAAGUAUUCAUAAAGGUCUUCCUAUACAUCCUAUGGCAAAACUUGAGAAAUUUUAAUAAUUAUCUACUUUAGUUAUUAA